AAGCUGAGUAUUCACAUCUAGACAAGUCUUUCAAGAACACGCACAAAUUUCUCCCAUCAAAAUGCCCACCUGGAUAGUCACCGGCUCAAACCGCGGCCUCGGCCUCGAAUUCGUCACCCAGCUCGCCGCCGACCCCAAAAACACCAUCAUAGCCGCAACACGCUCCAUAUCACGCGACCUCGCUAGUUUAGAUGCUCUCAAGUCUAAGACCAAGAAUCUCCAUGUCUUAGAAUGCGACACCGGCUCUCAAGACUCCAUCACCAAGUUUGCAUCUAUAAUCUCUCAACUCCUCGGCAAAGACGCCAAAAUCGACUUCCUGCUCAACAAUGCUGGUAUCAAUGCGAAUUCCAAGAUGACUAGUCUGACCAUGACUGCUGAUGCGUUGACAAAUCAUAUGAAUGUCAAUGUGAUGGGACCAGCUAAACUCGUUCAAGUCCUAGAACCACAUCUUCAGGAUGGGAGUGUAGUCAUGAAUAUGACGUCUGGGCUGGGAUCUCUUGGGUAUAAUAGGACGAAGGAGAAUCCGGAGUGUACAGUCUAUGCAAUGUCCAAGGCAGCGUUGAACAUGUUGAGUGUGCAUCAGGCGGCGCAUUUGAAGAGGAAGGGGGUCAGGGUUGUGAUGAUUGAUCCAGGAUGGGUGAAGACCGAUAUGGGAGGCAGUGGAGCUCAACUAGAGAAAGAGGAGAGUAUUGGGGAAAUGUUGAGGAUAUUGAAUGGUAUCAAGGAUGAUGACUCGUAUUCGGGGAGGUUCUUCCUGUAUGAUGGUAGUGAGAGGCCAUGGUAGUACGCUAGACAAAGCAACGAGAC